CGAGUCUCGAUCGUCAACCGGGGCCAUUUCGAGGCACCGACGAAGAGAGAGAGUUAGAGUAGGAGCUCCAUCAGCAGCUCGUCCCUUCACCUGUAGAAGAGGCCACAGAAGCCGUUCGCACAAACCUGCUAAUCAGCUAUGGCUUCAAGACUACGAAAGUUCGGUGUAACCGCUGCUGGCAUCGCCAUCGGUGCCGCCCUGUCUACCUAUGCCCUCCAGCACAAAGAUGCUCCCCAGUAUCAGGUUCAAAUGGAGGAAAUGCAGCGCGUUCGCCGCAAGCGCACCCUUCCGCCCCGAUCGGAGCAGAUCCGGGUGCUGCAGAGCGGCGAGGAGUACGACGUGCUGAUCAUCGGUGGCGGUGCGACCGGUGCCGGCUGUGCACUGGAUGCGGUGACGCGCGGCCUCAAGACGGCGCUGGUCGAGGCGGAUGACUUUGCCAGCGGCACCUCGUCGCGCUCGACCAAACUGAUCCACGGCGGUGUGCGGUAUCUGCAGAAAGCCAUCCUUGGGCUGGAUAUUGAACAGUACCGGAUGGUGAAGGAGGCGCUGCACGAGCGUGCUUCGAUGUUGCGCUCGGCGCCACAUUUGACGCGACCGUUGCCGAUCAUGCUGCCCGUUUACACUUGGUGGCAAAUCCCGUACUUCUGGGUCGGCAUUAAGGCGUACGAUUUCGUGGCUGGCGACCGGAACGUGAAGAGCUCGUACUAUCUCUCUCGUGAAGACGCCCUGGAGCUCUUCCCGAUGUUGCGAGGUGACAAGCUUUGUGGUGCGAUUGUAUACUACGAUGGGCAGCAGGAUGACGCGCGUAUGAAUCUAGCGGUCGCGUUGACUGCGGCCCGCCACGGUGCCGCCAUCACCAAUCACGUCGAGGUGCUGGAGCUGCUGAGGCGCAAGGACGAGGCGGGCAAGGAGGUGCUGUGUGGUGCGAAGGUGCGCGACAACAUCAGCAAGAAGGAGUGGACGAUCAAGGCGAAGUGCGUCAUCAACGCGACCGGCCCGUUCACCGACUCGAUCCGCAAGAUGGACAACCCGACGGUGAAGGAGAUCUGCUGCCCGAGCUCGGGCGUGCACAUCGUCCUGCCCGGGUACUACAGCCCGCAGCAGAUGGGUCUGCUCGAUCCGGACACCUCCGAUGGGCGCGUGAUCUUCUUCCUGCCCUGGCUGAACGGCACGAUCGCGGGCACGACCGACUCGCCAUGCGACGUGACGCGCACGCCGACGCCCACCGAGGACGAGAUCCAGUUCAUCCUGAGCGAGAUCAAGAACUACCUGAACAAGGACGUGGACGUGCGCCGUGGCGAUGUGCUGUCGGCGUGGAGCGGCAUCCGUCCGCUCGUGUCCGACCCAAACAAGGAUGACACGCAAUCGCUGGCCCGCAACCACAUUGUGCACGUGAGCGACUCGAAGCUGGUCACGAUCGCUGGCGGCAAGUGGACGACAUUCCGCGCCAUGGCCGAGCACACGAUCGACGCGGCGAUCAAGGCGUGCAACUUGAAGCCGGAGCGCGGCUGCGUGACCGACGGUCUGUGGAUCGAGGGCGCCCAGGGUUGGACGCCGACCAUGUACAUCCGGUUGGUGCAGGAUCUGGGGCUGGAGGUAGAGGUGGCCAAGCAUCUGGCAAUCUCGUACGGUGAUCGGGCGUUCGCGGUCGCCAAACUGGCCACGCUCACCGGUAAGCGGUGGCCCAUCAUCGGCAAGAAGCUGCACCCGGAGUUCCCGUACAUUGACGCCGAGGUACGGUACGGCAUCCGAGAGUACGCGUGCACCUGCGUCGACAUGAUUUCGCGCCGACUUCGGCUGUCGUUCCUGAACGUGCAGGCUGCGAUCGAGGCUCUGCCCAUGAUUGCCGACAUCAUGGCCGAGGAACUGAAGUGGUCGAAGGACGAAAAGGAGCGCCAGAUCAAGUCGUGCGAACACUUCCUGCAGACACAGAUGGGACACCAGGCAAACCGCACGCUGAAGGAAAAGGUUCCGAUCAACCUCUCCAAGCCCGAGGUGGACAUGUACGUGAAGCGGUUCGAGACGAUCGACAAGGAAAAGAAGGGCUACGUGUCGAUCACGGACAUCAAGCGCGCCAUGAAGUCGUUCGGCGAUGCGGAGGUGACCGGCGAAGAGUUGCACGACAUCCUCAAGGAAAUCGACACCAACAUGAACGGACAGGUCGAGCUGGAGGAGUAUCUACAGAUGAUGUCCGCGAUCAAGUCCGGUUUCGUGUCGCAUUCGCGGUUCGCGGCGGUUGCAGAGCAAGAGGAGAUCCGCAAGGAACAGGAACGCCUGAAGAAGCAGAUCACCAUCGAGCGUUCCGGAGCCACUAGUCAACGAAAGUCAAACUAAACUUCUGUGCGCGUAUUUGUCGGCCCAUUGUCGCCACUAAAGCAUGUCCCUACAAUGCAACAAAAAUCCUCUCCGCUGUUUUAUUGUGCAAACAAUCGCCUUGAACCAAAGUUCACACCAAAAGUCAACUCGAGAAACACUCACACACACAAAUACCUUUCUAAUUGUUUCCGCACCAAACAGACACUCGGCUGGAGGAUUAUCGUAAUUUUAUUAAUGUCUCACAAAUGUUCCCGCCCAGAGAAGGAAGCGAUUAGGUGUACCUUUCCUUCCAGGAGCUUCUAGGCAAUCGAACAUGUUUCACCAAUGUUAUGUUAAUAGUGUUGUAAAUAAUUGUUGUUAAUCGUGCAUUCGAAUCGUAUCUCCUUAUAGUUGUUUUUGAUUCAACGCAAACGUUAGAACAGAUCCCGCCGAGAACGAACCUCGUAAUAAGAACGAUAAAAAAAGACAUAACUACCUACAGGCGAACAAAUACAAGUUCCUUGCGAGGUGUAAUUGGUGCAAUAUUUAUUACACAUUCUCAAAUACAUAACAUUACAUAGCGAUCGCUCGGCGAGAAACACAAACAGCAUGCAAAACGGUUGCAGGUUUUCACAUGAGGAUGAUCGUUAGCAUCCAUCUUUUUCAACUAUAGCAUCAACAACAAAGGCCAUGUUGCAUCCAGUGCGAUUCUACGGUUGAAAGAUGCGAUAUUUAUUCUGUUCGUUGCUGUUUUUCCGCGAACAGGUGUGGUCAACAGCUGGAACCAGUUCUAAUGUGUUGGAAAAUCAAAACUUAAGCCUACAUGUACUGGGCAUAUGAUACUCUAAAAUCGGUACUAUCUUGGCUUCUACUUGUGCAACUUAAAGUCGGACUGUUUAAAUUAUCCUUGUUCCGAAAAACACACGCUAAAUUGUGCAUCUGCACCAACUCGAUCAUUUCGUUAAGGUACUGUUCAGCAGAACAUAUUUAUGAACUGUAAUAUCUAUUGUUUUUGAUGUUAUCAUUUGGUUGAAUUCGAAAAAAAAAGAUUUUAAGAUUAUUAUUCAUAAGAAUUAACACGAUUUUGUUGAUUAAAUCAACGAAAUAUGCAAUAAACUAUAACAAGAACUAUCGUUUUGUUCU